GAAUGAGUCCUUUGUCCCCAUAUUUAAACUUGGAUCCCAGAUAUCUAGUACAGGAUACAGAUGAGUUUAUCUUGCCCACAGGAGCCAACAAAACUCGAGGCAGAUUUGAGCUGGCCUUUUUUACCAUUGGAGGAUGUUGUAUGACAGGAGCAGCAUUUGGUGCACUGAAUGGUUUGCGACUUGGCUUGAAGGAGACACAGAAUAUGGCGUGGUCAAAACCUAGAAAUGUACAAAUUCUAAAUAUGGUGACAAGGCAAGGAGCGUUAUGGGCUAACACUCUGGGAUCUCUGGCUCUACUUUACAGUGCAUUCGGAGUCGUCAUUGAAAAAUCACGAGGUGCAGAAGAUGACCUGAACACCAUAGCUGCUGGAACCUUGACAGGAAUGCUGUACAAAAGCACUGGUGGAGUGCGUGGGAUAGCACGAGGUGGCAUUGCAGGUCUGACGCUGACUGGCCUCUACGCUCUGUACAACAACUGGGAGCACAUGAAGGACUCCAUAGCUGGGCAGUCCCUCUGAGCAGGGCAGCCAGCACGGGACAGAGGACAUGCUUGCAUAGUCACCAAUUGAAUCAGUCUCAAGACCUGUCUGGUGCCCCCUCCUAUUUUAUUUACCAUUAGUGUGAAACGGAAGGAAGCUAUGCUGGGAAGAACCUCUUGACACCAUGUAGCUGGACUGGCCCUUUCCUUCCUGCCAGCCAGUUGCUGGAGAGGCAGCAAUAUUUCUUGGACCUGCAAGUGAACAGAGUGGCCACCAAGAUAGAGUCUCCCUGACACGCUCACCAGCUAGCCCUGGGCCAGAGCCACAAGGCAUGCUCAAGUCCCAUAGCUGUACUGCUGCACUACCAGGUCUGGUUGCAUGUGCUACCACGAUAGCACUGCAUAAUAAAGUCCGUGUCCAUAGAGCUAUGGUCUUUCAACGUGCAUUGCCCCAGCAGCUGCAGCCAGCAGGAGCCUUGAGUGGCAACUGGCACAAGGCAACGUGUGUUACUCUGACAGCACAGGGUAAGCUGUAAAAAGGGACAUCAUCAUUAAUAAAAAGGGUGGUACUUGUGC